CAUGUGACUGUGGACAAAAUGGCGUAGUCCAUGCUCUUUGCGCAUAGCCUGACCAAAAUAAUUAUAACUUCACUGUCUUCACUGUCCAAUGGUUUAAAGAAUUCACGCUACAGCACAGAAUGUGAUUAUAAGACUUGCAGUUUGUCAAAUGGUACUCAGGCGGAACCUGUUGAUGCAGGGAUGAAAGCAAAUUGAUAUUAUUUGACUUUUGCUUCACAUCAUUCAAAAUGGAGAGCAAAGAUUUUGUGACAAGUUUUCAUGCUAAACUGCAUCAGUUGUGGGCUGAUAGUGAACUGUGUGAUGUUCAGUUAUGUGUGGAGGAGAUGGUCAUACCUGCCCACAGAAUUAUUCUGGCUGCUCUAAGUCCAUAUUUCAAGGCCAUGUUUUGUUCUCAUUUGAAUGAAAGACAAGAGUUUCAAAUAAGAAUUCAAGGUCUCAAUGCUCAGGCUGUGAAAGCUGUCGUUCAGUUUGCCUAUACAGCUGACCUUUGCCUAAGUGAAGAGACUGUGCAAUCAGUAAUGCAAACAGCCUCAAUGAUGCAAAUUUCAGCGAUUGAAAAAUUGUGUUGUACUUUUUUAUUAGAGCAUAUGUAUCCUGAAAACUGUUUAGGCAUCAGGGAUUUUGCUCAUGUUAUGGGCUGUUUUGAGCUUAAAGAGGCUGCAGACAAGUACUGUGAAGACCACUUCUUUGAUGUUUCUCAAAGUGAAGAGUUUUUCCAGCUGAAUGUUGAUGAGGUCAUUGGACUUAUAUCUCGAGAUGGCCUGAGAGUUGCCAAAGAAGAAGAGGUGUACGCUGCUGUAAUGAGAUGGGUGGAGUUUGAUCCGGAGAGAAGCAAGCAAGACAUUGUUCGCAUCAUGGAGCAUGUCCGAUUGCCACUAGUACAGUGGGAUUUUCUGACUAAGAAGAUUAGCAGAGAUGAACUGUUUGUGUCAAAUGAGGAGUGUCGCAAUUAUCUCCAGCAAGCAAGAGCAUUCCAAGCCAGUUCCUACCAUCCAGACUUGAUAAAUUUUGCUUUCAACGAAGCUGUUCCAAGAUCUCACCCUCGUGCAUUUUUCUCUGCAGCAGACAGAUUAUAUUCCAUAGGUGGGGAAUCCUCUAGUCGAGAGAUCCUUUCAUCAUUUGAGAGUUUCAGUCCGUACACGAACGAGGCUAAAGAGCUGCCACCCCUUCCAGAGGCAAAAAGGAGCUUGGGAGUAGCGAUUCUUGAUAAAAUCAUCUAUGCAUUCGGAGGUGCUUCCGGAUUCCAGGGAUCCCGAACUGUGCAUGCAUUUGACAUUGAUAAACAGGAGUGGCAGGUCAAAAGUCCGAUGUGUGAGGUUCGGAGCAGUCUUGUGGCUGCUGUGGCCUGUGGAAACAUUCUUGCUCUGGGCGGACAUGGCGAAAAUUCUGUCUUGACUUCAGCUGAAAAAUACAAUGUUGAAUUUAACUCCUGGACUUUUAUACCAGAAUUGCUAGAGCCGAGAAGCAUGGCAGCAGUAGUUGUGAUUGAGUCUAGUCUUUAUUUAUGUGGCGGAUACAAUGGCCUUGAAGAUCUUCGCUCAUGUCAUGUGCUGGAUACAAAGAUCUGGCAGUGGUCAGUGUGUCCCAGUAUGAAUGAAAGAAGGUCAAUGCACGGUGCUGCAGUUUUGGAUGGGAACAUUUAUGUUGCAGGAGGGCUGGGUCAUAAUACUUGUUUGAGUAGUGCUGAAGUCUUCCAUGUAAGCACACAGCAAUGGACGGUCGUCCAGGCGUUGCCGGGAGCCCGACGGGGGUUCGGUCUGACCGUCAUUGGGGAUACUCUGUAUGCAGCGGGUGGUCAUGAUGGGACAUCUGUUCAAGGAUCCAUCUUGAAAUACAACAAAAGCACAGGAGAUUGGGCGAGUAUUGGUCAUCUUAUCACAAAGAGAGGGCGAUUUGGUUUGUUGUGAGAGUUUUGUUUUGUUUGUGACUGAAACUGACAAGGUCCAAUUUGAAGUCUUGAACAGUUUUUUUUGUGUUUAAGUUACAGGGUUUUUCUGGAGAGAAAGAUAAGUUUUGAUUUUGGUUCCGAUUAACAUGGUGGAAUGUGACAGACAAUAAUGCAUUUUUAGAUGCCGAUCUAACCUCACUAGUCGUCAUAUGUUUUUAAUAUAUAUGUCUUGUGUAUGUCUCAUUCAGACUAUCCCUAAAACAAUGUAAGUUUAUUUUUCUACAGUCAAGCGUGCAUAUAGCGAACACACAUUGAGAAAAGAUUUCCAGGUCCUGAUUUUUUUUUAUUCAUGUAUAUUCUUUGUAUUUAAAACAUGUACAUUGUACAUGACAAAAAGAUUUCCACGCACCCCGUCCCCUGAUUUCUCUAUGUGCGUUGUGCAUGUUAGACUGUUUAUUGAAACCUUGCUGAAAUAAUUUGUCACAUGGCAUUUUUUCUGUCCAUUAUGCUACCUAUAACUAUUGUUUUGAACGAAUCAAAUAUGUUUGACUUGCAUACAAUUUUUUGCUAAUCAAAAUUAUUCUUUAUUUACUACUGAUUGUUACAGUUUAUGUAGUUUUGGGCAUUUUGUCUGCUUUUAAUACUUUGCAUAAUUGGUGUUGAAGUAUUUUUAAAUUGCUGAAACUGGUGAUUAAACUGCUGUCAAAAUUGUUUGAAAAAUCAAAUUCUAUUUAUUUAUUUACAUGCACAUGUGGUGUAUUUAUAAUAUUAAUCAGCAUAAAGUAUGACUCGUUUGUGUGUAUGUGAAAGAUCGAGAGUUGUAUUUUGGGGACAUAGCAUGGAAAAUGAUAUGUUCAUGUUAUCAAGGGAAAUGUGUACUUUACAACUGCAGACCUUGUAACCGGUUUUUGUCGUUAUUUUUCUUCCUUUUUUUAUGUUGAAUCCACAAACUACAAUGAAGUGCCUUUUUGGUUGGAAUAACCAACCUUUUCAAGCAACUUUGUACUUGUUGAAGGAGAGGGAAAUUACUUGCGCUUCUGUCUCUUAUACUUAUAGAGAUAUAGUGGCAUGACAUAUUAAAAUGCUUCCAGGUGGUGCCAUCAACAGUCUGUUUAUGUUUGAUUUAGAGAUCGUGCUUAAAUUCUGACUGCUGUGAUUUGUAAUGCCUUAAAGUCUUUUUAUUGAGUACCGGUUUUUGAAUCUUAGAGAAUGAAUUUAUUUGCCCUGGUGCUGCAAUCCUGAUAUGAUACAUUGACUUUCAAAAUUUUGUAUUUUUUAUUUUAGUUUUUAUUUAGAAGAUUGUUUACUACUGCAUGUAAACAUUUUUUGUGUGUUUUUGUUGUUGUUGUGGUGGUGAUUGUUUUAAGUCUACAGAGUGCUUGAUAAGUUUAUGAGAUCUUUUUAAUCAUUAUACCUCAGUGCAUUUUAAAAUGAAAUAUGAUGUGGGCUACCUUAUUUUUGCCUGCAGAAAUCUCAUCUUAGGGUCAUCUCUCACUUAGUAUUACAAUGCAAUAAAACUGGCAUAUAAUUAUGGCUGGAAAAAAGUUAAAA